AUGCCUCCCAAGCCGGACCCAACAGAAAUUAAAAUAGUUUAUCUACGUUGCGUCGGCGGAGAAGUAGGUGCUACGACGUCACUGGCACCAAAAGUUGGUCCUCUUGGUUUGUCUCCCAAGAAAGUUGGUGAUGACAUCGCGAAGGCUACUGCCGAUUGGAAAGGGCUGAAGGUGACCGUGAAGCUAACCAUUCAAAAUCGACAAGCAAAGAUCGAUGUAGUCCCUAGCGCCGCCUCCCUGAUCAUUAAAGAGCUGAAGGAACCGCCACGGGACAGGAAGAAGACAAAGAACAUUAAACACAGUGGCAACCUCACGCUUGAUCAAAUAGUGAACAUUGCGAGACACAUGAGACCGAGGUCAAUGGCCAGAAAGCUAGAAGGCACAGUGAAAGAGAUUCUUGGCACAUGUCAGUCAGUCGGUUGUACGGUCGAAGGGCAGCACCCACACGACAUCAUCGACAAGAUCCGAUCCGGUGAACUGCAGGUUCCAGCCGAAUGUAAUUCAGGAGGCUGCUAA